CUAUAUCUCUCAGAUCCACUGAAUUAGUCAGCUCCGCUGAAGGCAAGAGUCCUUUAUCCAGCUGUCACAGCCACCUGCUCUCCUGCAAUGCCUUCAGCCCUUGACACCAACAUGAGGUUCAAGUUCUCAAUCCUGGCUCUUCUUCUGGAAGUGAUCAUCAUUGUUAUUUUUGGGAUAUUUGUGGAAUAUGAACUGCAUGCUGACAUUCAACCUUUAUACCCACUCUUUCAGGAUGUCCACGUGAUGAUAUUUAUUGGAUUUGGUUUCCUGAUGACCUUUCUGAAGAAAUAUGGAUUCAGCAGUGUUGGUAUCAACAUGCUUAUUGCUGCUCUCGGACUCCAGUGGGGAACCCUGAUGCAAGGAUUUUGGCACAUGGAAAGAGGGAAAAUUCAUGUUAGUAUUAAAAGCAUGAUAAAUGCAGACUUCAGUACAGCAACUGCUUUAAUUUCAUUUGGAGCAGUCCUGGGGAAAACAAGUCCUGUUCAGAUGCUGAUCUUGACAGUUCUGGAAAUCACAAUCUUUGCAUGCAAUGAACAUCUAGUUACACGAGUAUUUGAGGCCACAGAUGUUGGAGGCUCUAUGACUAUCCAUGCCUUUGGAGCUUAUUUUGGUUUGGCCGUAACCCUAGUCUUGCAUCGUCCUGGUUUGAAAAACAAACAUCAAAAUGAAGAAUCUACCUAUCAUACAGACAUAUUUGCCAUGAUUGGUACCCUGUUCCUUUGGCUUUUUUGGCCCAGUUUUAACUCUGCCAUUGUACCUGAAACACCUCCCAUGAUUACAGCAAUUAUCAACACUUACUUUUCUUUGGCUGCAUGUACUGUUGUAACAUUUGCCCUCUCCAGCCUGGUGGAUCAAAGAGGCAAAUUCAACAUGGUUCUCAUUCAAAAUGCCACCUUGGCAGGAGGAGUAGCAAUGGGUACCUGUGCUGACCUGCCAAUCCACUGUUUUGCUGCCAUGUGCAUUGGGGGCAUUGCUGGAAUCAUCUCUGUCCUUGGGUUCUGCUUCCUGACUCCUUUGCUGGCAUCCAAGCUGAACAUUCAUGACACUUGUGGAGUUCAUAAUUUACAUGGUUUACCUGGAGUAUUGGGAGGUAUCACUGGCAUCGUAGUAACUGCUAUAAGUAAGGACACUGGGCCAGGUAGCAGAUUUACUCCUAGUAUGCAGGCUGCUGCCCUGGGCAGUACAAUUGGAAUUGCACUGGCAGGUGGAGUAUUGACAGGUGGUAUUCUAAAGCUGCCCUUCUUGGGACACACAUCUGACCAGAACUGCUUUGAUGACUCUGUUUAUUGGGAGGUCCCAGAAGAGGAGAAACCAUGUGAAAUUCACUCCAACAGCUACCAUGAGCACAUCAGAUCUGAAGCCACCAUAUAGAAAAGUAAUCCAUCUGUAAUAUUUGUCCUAAUUAUGCUCUUUUCAGUUUCUAAUGCGAAAAUCCAACACCUAGUUAUUGUCCUAAUGACAUUAGGUUUUCAAGAAGGGGCUGCAGAUAGUUAUAUUUUUGUAAUAUAAAGCAAGCUUGAUUUCAGUAUACAUAGUCAUUAUGCCAAGCUCAGGUGAAUUAGCUAGAUCCUUCCAGUAUAUUUGUUUAUCAGAAAAACCAACCACAAGUUGCUCUACAAAAUUAUCUGUAUCUUACCUCCUGUCAUCUCUAAGUCGAUAUAGCCAUUGAAACAACCUUUGUGUUUCAAACCUAUCACAGGACAUGAUACUUAACUGCAAGAUCUCUGAGUCACAGUCACACCGUUAACUGCAUGGGGUAAUCAAGAAGAAUUUGGAUUCUAACAAGCUUUCCACCAGAGCAUCCCAGAUUAAGUGUUUAAGCAAUAGUGUCCUAUUUUUGGAUGAGGGAGAAAAUUUACUGUAUUUUGAAGAUUGGUUAUGGCAGAUAACAAAGGGUUGAAAUAAUUUCCAUGGCAAAGCACAGAAUAUAGUGAUCGAUGAGGUAUACUAAAUGGCAAUAUGAAUAUUGAGAUUCUUUGUUAAUAUGUUUCUUGAAAAGGAGAAGAAAGUGAAAUGGUGAAAAAUUUCAUUCUUAACAUAGAUUUAUUUAGACUAUUUCAAGGACACAAUCAGGGAAUUGAGUAGGAGCUAUGUAAAACAGGUAAUUACAUAUGUCUUAUUAUAUCCAGUGUAACAAUUGGAUAGUAGCUGAUGUCAAUAGAUAUAAACUGGACUAAAGGCAAAGUCCAAGAAAAAGCAAAAGUGUGAGUUGUUAGGAACUGAUCAGAAAGCAACCGUGUUCAGCCUACAGAAGACUCAGUGAGAAUUGUCUGGUGAGUCGCUACCUUUGAAGGCACCAUCUCCUAAAACAAGAGAAAGCAAAAAAAAGAAAACUGAAGCUAAAUUAAAGUAAAUUAAUUCCACCUGAGAAGCGAUGAUACAGGCUUGUAUUGAGGUAUCUGAAGGAACUCUAUGAGAUGACAGUAGCUGGGAGCAGUCACACAUCUGUGCCUACCUACAUGGAGUCAUCCAUUGACAGGCAAUGGAUGGGAGAUGAAAAUCUAACAGAAGCAUCACAGUGCCUCUAGGCAUUAUUUGGACACAGAGAGCUACCACUGAUGUCUCAGAAGGACAAGCUACAGGGGAUAAACUUUUAUAUUGGCACCUCAUUUCAAGUCUUACUUAACAGAUUUAAGGGGAAAACCCCUCUCACAUAACAUAGCACAGAAAUUUUCAGUUCUGCUGAUGUAUUUUUCCUUGAAAAAAAUCUAGAAAGAUACUAGGCAAGGCUGUCCCAUAUGCUGUAUCAGCUGUAUACUGCUAUAUAUGUCAUACUUCUAUCUAUGAAUGAAAAUACAUUUGUAACAGUUUAUUUCAGACAUUUCUUUUGAAUAUGUGCAAUGACUGACUCUUUUCUACCUUGUUGGCUAAAAAGGCAUCUUUUAUCCCUUCAAAGUUUUCUCACAAUUGUUUUUGUAAAAACUGAGAUGGCAUUUAACAAUGUAAAUAUUGCAUAUGUAAAGA